AUGGCAGCCAAAGGUGACACGAGCUCAUCCAAAGUGCGCGGUAGAGAAUUUCUCCUGGAGAUUGAGGCAAAAGUUCGAAAAUGGUGGGAAGACGAGAAAGUUUUCAGUGCUGAAUGUGAAAAGCCUGGUCACAAGUUCUUUGGAAAAUUCCCUUUUGAUAGUUUUAUGGGAAAUCCCUUCAGUCUAUCAAAGCUGGAAUGGCUGCCAGAUAUUCCUAUUGAUGUCAUGAGAUUUGCUUUGGUAUAUGUUUGUGAUGGUGCUGUUGAUGAGGCAAAAAUCAACUCUCUACAUAGCAAUGCAGCUUCUGUAUACAAUGCUGCAAACACUGCCAUCCUAAAAUUCAAUGAAGAGAUGUCAUGGCAUGAAGAAUUCUUGGCUGCAGAUUUUGAUUCUUAUUUGAGAUGUGGUCCACCUUCUACUUUCGCAGACAGGGUGUUUGCCAAUGAGAUAAACAUUGCCUUAAACAGGACCAAAGAGCAAUACGAAGCUGGCCAGUUUCGAGGAGCCCUGGAUUCCAUUUUUGAGCUUCAAGAUGCCAGAGAUUGGUACAAGAUUUCAUGUGGUGGUACAAAUGCAAUGAACCGUGACUUGGUGUGGCGUUUUAUGGAUGUGCAGACAUGUCUUAUAACUCCAAUCUGUCCACACUAUGCGGAGUAUGUCUGGAGAGAUCUCCUGCACAAGAUCGACUUUGUGGUGAAUGCAGACUGGCCUGUCGCUGAUGCUCCAGAUGAGUCGAUCCUUCAGAGUGCCGAUAAGUAUUUGAAAGACUUAAUUGAUUCAAUGAAGAGACAGGUUGAAAGUGAGAGAAAUAAGAAGGGUACUGCUCUAGCUACCACUAGUUUGACAGAAGAGAGACAGAAAUUAGAAGCUCUUAUAUAUGUUAAUGAGGCAGGUGAUACACAUACUCUUGCUACAAAAGGUUUGCAUACAGAUUCUAAACAAAACGGAAAUGAGUUCAAGCAGACCGCGAAAGUUAAAUUCGGGGAUCAGUACUUAUAUUUGAAGCUGCCUUUUAGGGAGAAGGUGCUUCUACAGAAUGUGGACUUUAUUAAGAGGGAAAUUGGUCUUGACAAGGUGCAAGUUUUAUCAGCUACCAACCCUUGUGAUCUUGCUAAAGCUGGUUCCCCUGUUAAAAUGUCAGAUGCUGAAUCUUCCUCACGUGGAAAUCCAGCUGCUCUCUCCAUGACAUGUCCAGAAAAAGAUUUUAGACUGUUUGGUGCUUCAAAGACUACACCAUUACUGGCUGAUCUAUCCUCAUCUGGCUUUGCACCAAAGCACACCAACCCAAAACGGGAUCUAGUUCCGUUGUUCAGUACUAGCCCCGAGAGUACUACAUUAACUAAAGAGGAAGAAGAAGAGGAACGGCUGCGCGCAUUGGAAGCUUUUGUGGAGAGGAUGAAGUUGGAGACGAGUAAUGCAAGUACCUCCAAAGGAAAUGCAAGAGAAGAAGAGGAACUGCGGCGCGCAAUGGCGGCUUCCAUGGAGUCGGGAAGUGGAAGUACCUCCAUAAAGGAUCCACUAGAGAUGUUCAAUUUCGAACCGACAGUUAUUCAUGUAACUGAAGUUGAUGAGGAGGUAUCACCACUGUGGUCGAUGGCAGAUUUAUUAGAAGAAAGUAGUGCAAGUAGCUCUAAAGUCCAGAAUAUUGUAACUAGAGAAGAAGAAGAUGAUGAGGAACUGCAGCGCGAAUUGGUGGCUUCCUUGGGGAGCUGGUGGCCAGGUAGUGCAAGUACCAAAGAAGAAGAAGAAGAAGAAGAUAAGGAACUGCAACGCGCAUUGGCAGCGUCCCUGGAAAAUGUUUGA